AUGGCCACUUCCGAUCCGUGGACCGCAGUUGUGACUGGGGGCGCGUCGGGCAUAGGCGCAGCCACUUCCAAGAAACUCGCCAGUCGGGGCAUCAAUGUCCUGAUUGCCGAUAUCCAGGACGACCUGGGGGAGAAGUUGACCGAAGAGAUCAAAGCCACGUUCAAGGUCGACGCCCUGUUUCUCCAUGUGGACGUGUCCAAGGAAGAGGAUGUGGUGGCAAUGGUCAAGGCCGUCGCCGACAGAUGGGGUCGGCUCGAUUACGCUGCCAACAUUGCCGGCUUUUGUCGGGGGGACAGGGACGAUGAGGUCGGUGUCUCGACCCAGGAUGUGGACAGCCAUUUUGCAGUCAACCAACGUGGAGUAUGGCUAUGUCAGAAGUUCGAGGCGGCUCAAAUGUUGAAACAGUCCCCGAGAGCGGUUGAGAUAUUCCCAGCACCCUCUCUACCCAUCAAGCCUCAGCGAGGGGCGAUUGUCAACAUCGGUUCCACCACGGCCGUGACGGGCAUGGGCUUUGCUGCGUAUGCGCCGACAAAGGCAGCGGUCCUGGAGAUCACGAGGAACGGGGCCUUCUUCUACGGCCCACAAGGCAUUCGGUGCAAUGCUGUCUGCCCGGGAGCAACAGUCACGCCGUUGGCGCUGAGCAACAUGCACGAGAGCGUCAAGAGCGACCCCGACUAUAAGCACGAUGAAAACAGAUACACCGAGCCCAUCGCGCUCAAGGUCAUGGCGUGUCCUGAAGAGCAGGCCUCGGUCAUCAGCUUGUUGCUCAGCCCAGAGAGUAGCCACAUCACGGGCCAGACCAUCAUGGUUGACGGUGGUUUCAGCCAUAUACACUUGUAG